CCCAACCCAACCCAGCCUCAUCUCGCCACUGAUCCACUCUACCCUGGCUAGCUGUGCUACGUCCCUAGCUGGACUGCCGGAGGGAGAGAGCGAGGGUGGAGCCGAGCACCGCAGACGCACAGAUACAGAUGUAGUAGUAUACAGAGGCACAGACCACAGUAUAGAGAGAGAGAGAGAUGAAGGUCUGUACCCUCGCUUAAACACUAUCGCCUACCCGGGCUCCAUCCCCCCUUCUCUCUUCUCCCUCACCAAGAACACCGCCGCAGCCACCACGAUCGAUCUCUUCUUCCGUCUCGUGUGCGCUGGAGCGGCGGCUGGGGUGGGCGGUGGGCGCCAUGAUCCGAUGAAGGAGGAGGAGAGGAGGGGAUAGAUAGGUGGCUGCGUAACAAAGGGUCCGGAUCAAUGUACAAGAACCAGCUGCAGGAGCUGGCGCAGAGGAGCUGCUUCAGCCUGCCGUCGUACGUGUGCACGCGGGAGGGGCCCGACCAUGCGCCCCGCUUCAAGGCCACCGUCACCUUCAACGGCGAGACCUUCCACGGGCCCACCUGCUGCACCACGCUCCGCCAGGCCGAGCACGCCGCCGCCGAGGUCGCCCUCGCCCGCCUCUCCACCCGCGGGCCAUCCACCUACCUCACCGCCAGAGUCCUCGACGAGACCGGGGUCUACAAGAACCUGCUGCAGGAGACGGCGCACCGGGCGGGGCUGAAGCUGCCGGUCUACACCACCGUGCGCUCCGGCCCGGGCCACUCGCCGGUCUUCGCCUCCAGCGUGGAGCUCGCCGGCCUCAGCUUCGCCGGCGACGCUGCCAGGACCAAGAAGCAGGCGGAGAAGAACGCCGCCAUGACCGCCUGGUCCGCCCUGAAGCAGAUGCCGGAGGCGCGCAAGGAGCCCGGCAACGGCUGCGGCGGCGAGGAGCAGGAGCACGUGGUCGUCGCCAGAGUGCUCGCCGCCCUGAAGCAGCGCUGCGACGGCAAUGCGGCGUCGCCCUUGCCGAAGCAGCACUGCGUCGCGGGCUCUUCUUCCUCUGCACCGAACCCGUCGCUCUACAGACACCAAUGGCUGCCUCUGAGCUCCCAUGCCGCACACCCAAGGACGCGCCACGUGCAGCCGCAGCCGCAGCCGGCCGGCCCCAGGAUACUGCCCCCGCUGCACAUGCUGCAGCGACCGGCGCCGUCCACCUCCCGUCACGGCGGCGAGCUGGAGCGGCAGAGGAGGAUCGAUGCGGCCGAGCUGGUGCAGAUGCUGGAGAGGGCCAUGGUGACGAACAGAGAGGAGGCAAUGCCGUCGGCGCCGUGCUACUACCCGCACGUCCCGGCGUACCACCACGCCGGCGCGGCGCCAAGAUACUUCGCCGCGGGCGGGUUCCACUCGCCGGCGAUGGCGGUGAGCGUGCGGUCGGUGAUCCCCGUGUGCUCUGCGCCGCCGCAGCCGGCCGCGGCCACCAAGGAUGACGAUGACCGGAGCGACCCGGCAGCACCUGCGGAGCACUAGGCAAGGGCGCGUGAGCUCGCUCGCGGCCGCCAGCUUUUGAAGAUGAAGAAGACGAGGAGAGAUUCCGACGUUCAGUAGCUAUAUGAUGAGAUCAGUCCGGUUCUAGAAGGGAGUUUUGAUCGCAAGUUCGUUCCUCUGUCUAAAUUUGUGUAAGUGAUCGAUCACCUUUUGCUCCCCCUCUCUCUCCGGAUGGCGAAGUCGCUAGGUGGUUUAGAUGGAGAUGGACAUAUGAAUGAAUAUAGCUCUACUAGGGCUCCAGUAGAAGCCAUGAUCGAUCCUUCCUGUGUCAACUACCUAGUUCAUCACCAUUUUCCUUGGCUCUGCCUGCCUUCA